GGAGGCCGACAAAUUUGUUGAAGAUAGAAAGGGAGAAAAAAAAUACACCUGUGACGAGUGUGGGAAAGAUUUUACUGUGAAAGCUUUACUAAAAAUGCAUCAGGUCAUCCACACUGGAGAGAGACCCUUUAGCUGUGCAGACUGUGGAAAGUCUUUUACGCACAUGUCAAAGUUAAAAACCCACCAACUCAUCCACACUGGAGAGAGACCGUUCAGCUGUGAUGACUGUGGAAAGUCUUUUACGCAAAUGUCAAAGUUAAAAAGACACCAACUCAUCCACACUGGAGAGAGACCAUUCAGCUGUGAUGACUGUGGAAAGUCUUUUACACAGAUGUCAAAGUUAAAAAGACACCAACUGAUCCACACUGGAGAGAGACCAUUCAGCUGUGGUGACUGUGGAAAGUCUUUUACGCAGUCUUCAAGUUUAAAAAGACACCAACUCAUCCACACUGGAGAGAGACCAUUCAGCUGUGAUGACUGUGGAAAGUCUUUUACACAGAUGUCAAAGUUAAAAAGACACCAACUGAUCCACACUGGAGAGAGACCAUUCAGCUGUGGUGACUGUGGAAAGUCUUUUACGCAGUCUUCAAGUUUAAAAACACACCAACUGAUCCACACUGGAGAGAGACCGUUCAGCUGUGAUGACUGUGGAAAGUCUUUUAUGGAGUCUGGAAACUUAAAAACCCACCAACUCAUCCACACUGGAGAGAAACCGUUCAGCUGUGAUGACUGUGGAAAGUCUUUUAUGGAGUCUGGAAACUUAAAAACCCACCAACUCAUCCACACUGGAGAGAGACCAUUCAGCUGUGAUGACUGUGGAAAGUCUUUUACACAGAUGUCAAAGUUAAAAACCCACCAACUCAUCCACACUGGAGAGAGACCGUUCAGCUGUGAUGACUGUGGAAAGUCUUUUACGCAAAUGUCAAAGUUAAAAAGACACCAACUCAUCCACACUGGAGAGAGACCGUUCAGCUGUGAUGACUGUGGAAAGUCUUUUAUGGAGUCUGGAAACUUAAAAACCCACCAACUCAGCCACACUGGAGAGAGACCAUUCAGCUGUGAUGACUGUGGAAAGUCUUUUACGCAGAUGUCAAAGUUAAAAAGACACCAACUGAUCCACACUGGAGAGAGACCGUUCAGCUGUGAUGACUGUGGAAAGUCUUUUACGCAGAUGUCAAAGUUAAAAAGACACCAACUGAUCCACACUGGAGAGAGACCGUUCAGCUGUGAUGACUGUGGAAAGUCUUUUACGCAGAUGUCAAAGUUAAAAAGACACCAACUGAUCCACACUGGAGAAAGACCGUUCAGCUGUGAUGACUGUGGAAAGUCUUUUAUGCUGUCUGGAAACUUAAAAACACACCAACUGAUCCACACUGGAGAGAGACCGUUCAGCUGUGGCAACUGUGGAAAGUCUUUUACACAGUCAUCAAAUUUGAAAAGACACCAACUCAUUCACAGUGGACAGAGACCAUUCAGCUCUGACAAGUGUGGAAUGUCUUUUACGCUGUCUUCAAGAUUGAAAACACACCAACUCAUCCACAGUGGAGUUAAAGCGUACACCUGUGAUCAGUGUGGCAGAGCUUUUACUCACAGUAACAGCUUAAAGAAUCAUCUAGUUACCCACAAGGGAAUUAAAGCGUACAGCUGUGACAUUUGUGGAAAAACUUUCAGCCAGAUAGGGAACCGAAAUAAACACCUACGCAUUCACACCAGACACGAUGUGUACUGCUGUAGUCAGUGUGGUAAACUAUGUUUAACAGACGCACAGUUACAACGCCACAUGUUUACCCACUCUGAGGAGAGACCUUAUAAAUGUGACCUGUGUGAGAAGACUUUUAAAUCUCCACAUGACCUGAGACGACACCAACAGAUCCACAGCAGAAAGAGACUCUACAAGUGCAGUUACUGUGAGAAGCAGAGCGACACAGAUGGAUCCAGUUCUCAACCCUGUCAUCACUGUGGUGGUGGGAAACACUUUCGUUGUGACCUUUGUGGGAAAAGUUUCAGACAUCAAAUCACUCUGAAAAUACAUCAACGUAAACACACUGGAGAAAACAUGAAAUACUGCAAAGAAUGUGGGAGAAGCUUCACCACAUCAAGUAGAUUAAAACAACAUGAACUCAUUCACAGUGGGGUUAAAAAGCAUCUCUGUGAUCAGUGUGGGUCAUCCUUCACCACAGCAGGUGAGCUUAAAAGACAUAAACGAGUCCACACAGGAGAGAAACCAUACAAGUGCAGACACUGUGACAAAAGCUUCUCACAAUCAGGUAGUCGUAACCUUCAUGAACGCACACACAUGGAAGUAAACUACAGCUGUGACCAGUGUGACAAGAGCUUCAGGAAUUUCACUUCAUACUCCAAACACAAACGAUCCCACGUUACUAAUAAACUCUUUCACUGUUACCAAUGUGCCAAAAUAUUCACCUCAUUGUCUGCUCUGUGCAAACAUCAGCGUGAUCAUGCAGGACUGAAAUCACUCCCAUCUCUGGAUCACGGUGAAUCUGCAGAGACUGAAAGAUCCUCUUCUGGUUUCACAGUCACUCAAAACCCUUGAGA